CAUUUGCGUUAUUUUUGUAGCGCCUGUCUGCAUAAAAGGCAACUGUACUCAUAUUCAGAGUCAUAGGACAUAUUCAACACUCUACCGUGUGCGGUCAGAUCGUCAUUCUUCUAUCAUGGGCGGAAACGCAGCCGCACUAUGCCUGGGGUUUCUUCUGUCAGUCUUGCCUUGUCCACGGGCUGAAGUCUCCCAGUGCCCGUCCGGGUGGACUGGUCCUUCCUGUAAAGACUUUUCGUGUGACGGACGAAGCCAGGGUAGUUACCCCGACCCUAGCGUCUGUCACAUGUACUACACGUGUGUGGACGGGUACCAGUCGCCGGUGCACCAGUCCUGUGGGCCCGCUGGUUGGCUAGCCUUCAGUCAGGUGACCCAGAAUUGCGAAUGGCCCCAGGACGUGCCCGGAUGUGGACCCAGCCCAUUCGGUAUCCUCGGUGUGUCCACCUUUGUGAACCCUGAUGACCCCCUUCUGGUGGAGGUGGCCACCGACGACGGCAACGUCAUACAAGCUCAAGGAGACAAGACAGAGGAAGGAGCGGCAACCUCAAUGGAGUCCCUUACGCAGACCACACCCGGCGGAGACGAGACCACUGUCGGCUUCUCCCCGGACAGCGCCCUGGUCGACACCGUGGUGACGUCAUCGGGCGUCUCCAUGACCUUUACGUGGACUGAUGACAAAGUCUACGUCACCGCUUCGGCACAGAACUCUAGUUUUGAGCUCAAUGUGCAGGUCGACCUGGAGCCAAGCGACAUGCCGACCGGACCAACCUUGUCAGAGGUGCACGGAACAGCCACGGUGUUUGAGUCCCCAACAACCGACCACUCGUCUUUCAAUAACGGAGCAGAUUCUGCACAAACUGGACCGAUGAGUACUGAAGAAGGCCAGACUACAGGGGACAUGAACGCACCUUCCUCGGAGUCGGCUAACGCCAUGGCGAUGCAGAGUCUGAGGCUGCCUGUCAUGGUAACUAGGUGUGGCCGGCCAGCAGACGACGCGACUGUCAAGGCAUUCGGCUACAAAAUGUCCAAUAUCACGCCACUACUGGCUACCGACAUCUCGUCCUUGCACCCGGACGUGGAGUACCGUGUUGUCCCGACAGGAGACGCUGGAAAGUUCGAGAUCGUCGUCCCGGCCAGCCCGGCGGACUCCUCUCCGGAGGCGGCCCAGACCGUGUGCGACAGCGUCAGUCAGGUGGUAGGUGGCGUGUGCGCUGCAUCGCUGAACGUCAGGCCUGCGGUGGACGGAACCAUCUGUAACGAGGUCGCCGACGCCGCGCAGUUCCUCACGACUCAGUCAGGCGCGGAAAGUGCUCUCGUGCUGGCCGCCUGCUCGGGCGGCUUCGGCGCCGUGCAGACGUUCUGUGACGCCAUUGGCUUCAAUGCAGCGGAGCAGGACGCAUCGUCUGAUCUCUGUCAAAAGGUGACAACGACCGUCGACUCGUUUACGCCGGAGCCGGUGCUUGUUGUCCCGAAGGCUGUGUUCCCGAGUGGGGAGGAGGUUUCCGUCCCAGGAAAGAUCGUGUCUCCAGGAAACGUCAACCAAACAAUUCCCGCCUUCAGCAUCUCAUCCGGCAGCGGUCACGUGAUCUCCUCUGUGGACUUCAACCCGCGAGACCCCUUACCUGGUCAGAGCUACGUCGGGCAUGCGCGGUUCACCUGCACCGACGUCACCACCGUGGCCACCAUGAAGAUAGUCGGGACAGACGGGUACCAAAAUGAAGUGCAGUGCGCAGGUGCCAUCUCAGAGUGUACCCUACGCGUACCCGGGGCACAGGAGCUCGUGGUUGACCGCGUCACCACCUCACUCCAGUCAGGCGCAGGGCCCGCUGUCUCGAGGGAGUCCGUCAUCGUUUUCUGAGCACACCUUCGCGGUCGAUCAAGCAGCCGCCUAGCGCCUCUGAGGGAUACAGCACUGGCUUCCGGCGACAGGCCUUUGGCGGUUUGUUAAAGUCGCCACCACACAGUAAUUAACGUCUCAUAUGGCAAUUAACUGCAAUAAAUGUUCAUCAAAAUGAAAACAAAUAAAACUCAC